AUGAUUGGAGCCUCUAUGUGUGGGAUGGUGGCAGUGGCCCUUCUGCUUGUGACCUCGGGGAGGCCUUUGGAGGCCUGCAGCUGUGGCCCUCAGCACCCACAGACGGCCUUCUGCUAUUCAGAUGUUGUGAUUCGAGGGAGAAUUGUUGGGGAGGUGAAGUUAAACAGGAACAACAGCACUGCCGAAGAGCCAAGCUGGACCCGCUACCAGAUCAAAGUCAAUAAGAUCUACAAAGGAUUUGACUUGAUCACAGACCUGGAGUUCCUCUACACCCCGAUGCAUGAUAGCCUCUGCGGAUACAAUCACCCAUCCAACAACAAGAGUGAGGAGUUUCUGUUCUCAGGUCACAUCGUGGAUGGGAAGGUCAUGAUCUCCGUGUGUGGGUUUAACUCUCCCUGGAGCAAGCUUACACCCAACCAGAGACGAGGACUGGCCCAUAUCUACAAGAAUGGCUGUAACUGUGUGAUCGUUCCCUGCAGUGCUCCCCCCUGCUCUGUCAGCAGUCCUAAAGAGUGCCUCUGGACCGACGCGCUGAUGUCGCGCAGCUGGGUGGGCCACCAAGCUCAAUACCUGGCCUGCGUCCACAAGGGAAAUGACGAGUGCAAGUGGGAGUCCAUGAAGUCAAGUGCCGCCACCACCAUCUUUAAAACCAGUCGGAUAUAA